CCGCCAUAAACAUCUCAGCAUGGAGAGCCCGGAGGAGAUCGGAGCCAAUUUCAUGGUGUUCGCCGGGUCCUCGGAGCGGGAUGUCUUGUGCAGUAAAAUCUUCUGGAGCUCCCUGACUCUGCAACCACCGCUGGAGUCCAGGCUGGUGUCCGGGAACAUGGAGCAGAGACUUCGCCCGGCAGGGGAGCCCAGGCUGCGAAGGAAUUACACACAGCAACAACUGGAGGAUCUCAAGACAGAGUAUUUCUUAUGGGAAGCACAGAGAGAACAAGAUAUAGAACAAAGGGCUCGUUAUCUACAGAAAGCAAAAAGAAGGGAAGAAAUCAUGGCGUUACUGAAAAGACAAAGAGAAGAUCGCAUCAAGAAAGAACUUGUAUCUCUUGGACAUAGACCAGUAAUUGUAGCAGAAGAGCCAAGGUUUUCUACGCCUGGCACAGAUGUUCUGGAAGACGGAGAGGCUGUGAAACAGCUUAGCUAA